AUGAAGGUGAUAUUGCAGGAUGCUCGCACCUUCGUAGGAUAUUUUAAAGCAUUCGACAAACACAUGAAUGUGUUGCUCGCUGAUUGUGAGGAGUUUCGUCAGAUCAAGCCUAAACCGGGAAAAAAGGUUGGUUUCGUUGUAUUUGUAUUUCAUGUCGCUGAAGGCGAAGAGAAACGAACACUCGGUUUAGUAUUGCUUCGUGGAGAACACAUUGUAUCAAUGACCGUGGAUGGUCCUCCCCCGAAGGAUGAGGACGCGGUCCGCCUUCCAAAGGCUGGAGGUAUUGCAGGACCUGGUCAGUCGAAGCCUGUGGGACGAGGAAUGCCUGUUAUGCCACCUGGCAUGCCUCCAGUUCCUGCUCCUGGACUAGCUGGAGCAGUUCGAGGUGUUGGUGGGUGA